AUGCCGCUCCGCCGAGUUGCGCUGCUAUUUGAUGUCAUUGUGCCAGACCCCAACGUGGCGCUUCAUCCAGCCAAGCUCAUCGCCGAGGUCGAGAAGCUCACUUCUCCUCGGCGCGACCGGCUCGGAGCCAAGGCCGUCCCAAGCGUGAUGAGGCGGUUCAGUGAGCGCGUCCUCUCUCUGUCCCCCCUCAAGCUGGGAUCGGGGAGCGGACGACGCGGAGUGGCGAGGCAGUACACGCCCCGGUCCUCCAAAGCGAGCGCCAUAGUGCGCCGCUCGGCCUUGGUGCCUACUCAACGCCUCCCGAGGGUGCCGCCUGAGGAGGCCAUCCACUAUCCAUCCCCCAUCGGCGCGCGGUCGCGGUCGCGGGACAGCAACGACGGCCUAAGCACGCCCACCCUCACCACCCACCGCUCGCACCAAGCCUCCUUCCCCGGCCGAACGGGCAUUUUUCUCCGGCCGUUCGAGGCGGAUGCGCCCGUGGUGGUCACGGCGCACGCCUCCCAGGCCCCCAGAGGCGAUGGUGCCUCGUGA